CUAUAAAGUCUAGCUCAGUGUAUAUGACUAGUAGACUGUAUAUUGAGGUAGGUAGUGAAUGACCUAUUAGAGAGUAAGUUACAUAUCACUAACAAUUACAAAUAGUAUACCGUAAUAAACACCAUAGUGUUAGCAGUAUGUCGCUAUUAGUAUGCUACUGUUAGCGAGACGCGUAGAACCGAAAAAUUUCAGUGCCUCUCUAAAGUACAUACUGUACUAUGUAUUUGUAUGUAGAUCAUCUUUACACAGUAACACACCCCCACAGAAGCACAUUAUAACAAUAAUAAUACCACCACAAGAUGCCACCAAAGGGAUGGAGAAAGAAUGCCGACGGACAGUAUCCUCAACCAGCUAAGGACUCCGAAUUGGUAUCCAUUGAUGAAAUCUUAUUUCCGAAGAGUACAGUACAAAAACUUGCCAAGGGGAUUAUAAGUGAAGAUGAUGGUAGUAAUAAUAUGAUUAUUGCUAAGGAUGCUUUGAUAGCACUUCAAAGAUCAGCCACUGUCUUUGUAUCUCAUUUAAUAUUUCAUGCCAAUCAAUCAUCUAAGAAAGAUACUAGGAAAACAGUUAAUACUCAAGAUAUUAUUACAGCAUUAGAGAAGGCAGAAUUUUCUGGAUUUAUUCCGGAAGUAAAGGAGAAGCUAGCGAUAUAUGAGGGUAAUAUAGCACUCAAGAAGAAACAAAAGUUAGAAAGUAAAGCUAGAGCUAAGGAGGAUACUGAAGAUUCUGAAUCUUUGGCUAAGAAAUUAAAGACUAAUGAUGACCAUGCCGUAUCGGUAAAGGAUAAGGAAGACAAUGAAGACGAAAGUGGAGUUGAAGACAAUGAAGAAGAAGGAGAAGAAGUAGAAGAAGUAGAAGAAGUAGAAGAAGUAGAAGAAGUAGAAGAAGUGGAAGAUGAAGAAGAAGAAGAGGAGGAGGAACCAAGUGCUAACCCUAUUGCACAACUAAGUAAAGAAGAGGCAGAAUUAGGAGGUACAGUAGAAUCAGACCAUGAAAAAGUCGAUUCAGAAGCUAGUGAUGAAGAAGAUGAAUAGAUAUAAUGUAUAUUACAAGUUUUUAUUAGUAUUGU